CGACGUCCGUCAUCGUCAUGGAUCCGAUGGAAUGCCGAUUCUACCUACCACCACACCAAUGCUGCUUCGUUCUCUACGCACGUGCAAGCCACUGCUAUCUGUGGGCAAGCAUUGGCACCCCCUUCCAGCGUCUAUGCGAGGUGCAACCAGCUGUCUGUGCAGGUCGAUGCUUCGCAGGUUUGCCACGUUCACGGGCCCUCAACACCCUGCACUCUUGGAUUGCACGAUCGGCGACAUGCUGGACUUGGUUGCUUCCAAGCACCCUGACCAACUGGCGCUGGUGGCUGUGGAGGAAGGUGUUCGUUUGACGUAUGCACAAGUACAAGCGAAAGUGCAUCGGUAUGCGAGAGCGCUACAUUGGCUUGGUCUUCGUCAAGGUGAUCGGUUCGGGAUAUGGCUCCCCAACACUGCCGACUAUUACCUAUGUACACCUUAUCCUCACAUGCUCAGCACGUGAACGCAUUUGGUGAAUAGUGCAAUGGGCGACGGCAAAACUGGGGGUAAUCAUGGUCAACGUAAACCCGGCGUACCGUGCGCAUGAGUUUGAAUACGCCAUGAACCUCGUGCAAUGCAAGGUCACCACCUUUCUCUCGCGAUGGCAUUUCACGUCUGCUCUUUAUAGGCCGUGCUGGUGACCCCGCAAGUCCAAACGACUCAUUACUUUGACAUGCUCCACGACCUGAUGCCCAAUCUCAAGAGCUAUCACGACGGCAACGAUGUUGGGACACCGUUGAACCUUCCCGAGCUUCCGCAUCUGCGCUACAUCUUGCAUGACGCGUCCAACCACUGCGAACCGGGCAUGAUUGGCCUGGACGCAUUGGUGGACCAAACUCCACUCAACCACGCGUUCGAGGACUGCGUCGUCGCGCCCGACCAAGUGGUCAACAUCCAGUUCACGUCGGGCACGACGGGGUCUCCGAAAGGAGCGGCAUUGACCCAUCAUAACAUUCUCAACAACGGAUACCUCGUCGGCCACCGAUGUGGGUACAGCACCGCCGACCGAGUUUGUGUUCCCGUGCCCUUGUACCAUUGCUUUGGGGUUGUCCUGGGCAACUUGGCGUGCUUGGCACAUGGAUCGACAGUUGUGUACCCAUCGAAGACCUUCCACGCCACCAAGGCGCUUCGAGCUGUCGAGCAGGAGCAGUGCACAUCUCUGUACGGCGUUCCGACCAUGUUCAUUCGCAUGUUGAACGACCCCACGUUCGACGUGGCCAAGAUGAAGUCGCUGCGCACAGGCAUCAUGGCUGGAGCGCAAUGCCCCAUCGACGUCAUGGAGAAGGUGCUCGCGUUUGCCCCAGAAAUGACCAUUGGUUACGGCAUGACGGAGACCAGUCCGAUUACCUUUCAGACGGCGCGCGGCGAUGCACUCAUGGACCGCGUCGAAACCAUCGGUACCCUCAUGCCCUUCACCCAUGCCAAAGUUGUCGACAUGGAGAACCCUGAAGUCGAGGUCGAUGUUGGCCAACCCGGCGAAUUGCUGACCAAGGGGUACUGCGUCAUGAAAGAGUACUGGAACCAGCCCGAACAAACGAAGAAAGCGAUUGUCGAUGGCUGGAUGCACACGGGGGACAUUGCCACGAUGGACGAGCGAGGGUUCUGCCGUGUAGUCGGUCGGUCGAAGGACGUGAUCAUCCGUGGCGGAGAAAACAUUUAUCCGGCUGAAAUCGAAGAGGUAUUGUUUGCCCACGAAGCCGUUGCGAACGUGAGCGUUGUGGGGGUGCCGGACUGGGAAUACGGCGAAGUCAUUUGCGCAUGGGUGAGCCUGCGUGACAAAAGUGGCUCCGCGAAAGUCGACGAGGAAGCGAUGGCGGACGCAUUGCGUGCGCAUGUUCGCGGCAACUUGGCGCAUUUCAAGAUCCCAACAUACUUUAUGUUUCGGCACGACUUUCCCACGACCAUCACGGGCAAGAUCCAAAAGUUCAAGAUGCGGGACAUUGCGAUCGCUGAGCUGAAGCUGUCCAUGUCGCCGCAGCACGUAUCCCAAGGCUAAAAAAAGAUGUCGUCACGUUAUUGGAUAUAUUCAGCCAAUGACAUGUUGUUUGUACAUUAUUUUAGCCAAUCAAUGGUAUUUCUUCCA